GUAGCUGGGGGGAGAAGGGGCGGGGAGAGGUUGCCGUGGUUACCCGAGUGUUUGCAGGAGCCAGCCGCCAUGGUGCGAAUUACUGAAAGUUUGAUAAGGCAACGAGCAGAACAUAAUAACUGUGAGAUAUUUUCACUGGAAGAAAUUUCAUUGCACCAACAAGAAAUAGAGAGAAUUGAACAUAUUGAUAAAUGGUGCAGAGAUCUAAAAAUCGUCUACUUUCAAAAUAACUUGAUUCCUAAAAUUGAAAAUGUUGGGAGACUGAAAAAACUGGAAUACCUUAAUCUGGCUUUAAAUAACAUUGAACGUAUAGAAAAUUUAGAUGGGUGCGAGUUUUUGAAGAAACUUGAUCUAACUGUAAACUUUGUGGGUGAACUGACCAGUGUGGAGUCACUGAAAGCUAACGUACACUUGGAAGAACUUUUUCUGGUUGGAAACCCCUGCUAUGCAUUUGAUAGCUACCGAGAGUUUGUGAUUGCUGUACUCCCACAGUUGAAGUGGUUAGAUGGAAAAGAAAUCAGUCGUUCUGACCAGAUCAAGGCACUGCAGGACUUUCCAAAAGUACAGCAAUGCAUAUUAGAACAAGAGGCAGUCUAUAUCCUGAAGCGAACCAAGGAAAAGGAAUUGCAGAACAAUGCAGAGAAGAUAAACGAGGAAACUGGAGAAAGUCCUGUCGCUAAUGUACUCUGCAAUCCUGAUAUCGACAAUGCCUUACUUGUCCAACAGCAAAAUACAGAAAAAAACCAGGGCAACAGUGGCGGGAAUGAUGAAGACUUAAGGGAAACAGAUGAAGAUGAGAUGAACAGAAAGUUUUGGCAGGAGCCUUCAUAUUACACACCCGAAUCAAGACUGGAAACCCACAGAUACAUUGAGAAGAUGAGGAAAUCUAAAGAGAAGGACAAAAAUCAUGGAAUACAAAAACCUCAGAGGACACUUAUAACUUCUGAAGGGAGAGUCUUUAAUGUUAAUGAACCUAAGAUUGAUUUUACGUUGACAGACGAUGAGGAAAAUAAUCAAUUCAUAUUAGAUCUUGCUGUUUACAGGUAUCUGGAUUCAUCCUUACUUGAUAUUGAUGUUCAGCCAACUUAUGUGCGUGUGAUGGUUAAAGGAAAGGUAUUUCAGCUGGGACUUCAAGAAGAGGUAAAACCUGACAGCAGUUCCGUCAAAAGAUCCCAGACCACGGGACAUUUGUUACUUACAAUGCCAAAGGUACAAGAAGUAAUUACGGCAAAGCGCAAAAGUAAAAUUACACCUCGACCAAACAGCACAAAUCCACACCCAGACAUUACAAGAACAACUCAAUCUAUUGAGAAGUUGGAAGUGGAUCCAAGCAAACAUGUUGACAUAACCAACAUUGUGAUGGCAAAACAAUCUGUUGCUCAAGGUCCUCUCAAAUUACAUCAAAGUAGGGCACCGGAAAGGAACAACAUUGACUUCCAGGAUAAUCCUGAGGUUCCACCAUUGCUCGAUUAACAAUAGAUAUUAUUUAUCUGGAUAUCUGAUGAAGUGAAAUUCUUCUUCUUGGAUAAUUCAUAUAUAGUUUUUCUACUUUAAACUUAAGCAGUAUUAAAAAUAAAGUUUAUCACUACUAGAAUUACUUGGGUUUUGUGUUGCUUAUUGGUGAGUGGGUCAUCUUGUAUCAAUCACAAAGCCCACUUGUAUGACUGUUUGUUAAUUAAACUGAAAACUGCACGAUUGUAAGGGAGGUUUUAA